UUGUUUUCGCGGCUGGGUCCAACGCGGAGGGGAGCUUCACCAGCGUCUCCCCUCUGGCCCUGGCCCUCGCCUUCGUUGUUCUUCUCUUCAGAAAAAGUCUCCUUUGACCAUCUUCUGUAUUUCUUCUCUGCUUCCUUUUCCCUGCUCCAAACCUUCCUCCUAUUUCAUCACCGCGCCUCUCUGGCGGUCUUUUUGAUGGUGUUCUUCUCUGGAAUCUGUCGAGGUUCUUCUGCAAAUCAUGGGGGUGUGUUUUUCAACCAGUAAGGUCAGUGGCUCAAACAGCAACACCAACGCCAACGCCAACGCCAACAACAACCAAAAAGAGAACAAGAAUGCUUGUUCCACGACCCAAAAGGUCUCAUCACAGCAGCAGAAACAGAAGCCGCAUGAGAACCACAAAAAUCGAUCACAACAAGUGAAGAAUUCCCAGCAGCUGCAGAAUAAGGACAAAGAGAACCCAAAGCGGCCGAGUGGGGUUGUUCCUUGGGGGAAGCGGACGGAUUUCGGCUACGCCAAGGAUUUCGAUAACAGAUAUUCCAUCGGCAAGCUAUUGGGUCAUGGGCAGUUUGGUUACACGUUUGUUGCCACCGACAAGUCUAAUGGAGAUCGGGUUGCCGUCAAGAGGAUCGAGAAGAAUAAGAUGAUCCUUCCUAUUGCUGUUGAUGAUGUUAAAAGAGAGGUUAAGAUAUUGCAAGCCCUCACAGGCCAUGAGAAUAUGGUUCAAUUCUAUAAUGCAUUUGAGGAUGAUUCCUAUGUCUACAUAGUUAUGGAGUUAUGUGAGGGUGGUGAACUACUGGAUCGAAUAUUGGCCAAAAAAGAUAGCCGGUAUUCUGAGAAAGAUGCAGCAAUAAUAGUGAGGCAAAUGCUCAAAGUUGCAGCUGAAUGUCAUUUACAUGGAUUUGUACACCGUGACAUGAAACCUGAGAACUUCCUUUUCAAAUCAACCAAAGAGGACUCACCACUUAAGGCAACAGAUUUUGGUCUAUCCGACUUCAUAAAACCAGGGAGGAAAUUCCGUGAUAUUGUUGGCAGUGCAUACUAUGUUGCACCAGAAGUACUAAAACGCAAGUCAGGACCUGAGUCUGAUGUUUGGAGUAUUGGCGUCAUUACGUACAUUUUGCUUUGUGGCAGGCGUCCCUUUUGGGAUAAGACUGAGGAUGGAAUUUUCAAAGAGGUCUUAAAAAACAAACCUGACUUUCGCCGAAAGCCAUGGCCAAGCAUAAGCAAUGGUGCUAAGGAUUUUAUUAAGAAACUGUUGGUGAAAGACCCUCGUGCAAGAUUGACUGCUGCUCAAGCCUUGUCACACCCCUGGGUCAGAGAAGGGGGAGAUGCCUCAGAGAUCCCUGUGGAUAUAUCAGUGCUAUAUAAUAUGCGGCAAUUUGUGAAGUACAGCCGGUUGAAGCAGUUUGCACUAAGGGCCUUGGCUAGCACACUUGAUGAAAAGGAGCUUGCUGAUCUUAAAGAUCAAUUUGAUGCAAUUGAUGUGGACAAAAAUGGUUCUAUUAGUCUUGAAGAAAUGAGACAGGCCCUUGCAAAAGAUCUUCCUUGGAGACUGAAGGAGCCACGUGUUGUUGAGAUUCUUCAAGCGAUCGACAGCAACACAGAUGGGCUUGUGGAUUUCUCUGAAUUUGUUGCAGCCACUCUACACGUGCAUCAGUUAGAGGAACAUGAUUCUGAGAAGUGGCAACAGAGAUCACUGGCUGCUUUUGAGAAAUUUGAUGUGGAUAGGGAUGGAUUCAUUACACCAGAAGAACUAAGGCUGCACACAGGAUUGAAGGGCUCCAUUGACCCACUUCUGGAGGAAGCUGACAUUGACAAAGAUGGAAAAAUCAGCUUACCAGAAUUUCGGAGACUUUUAAGAACUGCCAGCAUAAGUUCACAAAAUCUGGCCAGCUCAUCUGGUUUUCAAAAUUCUCGCAAGUUGUAGAUUGCAAGUGAGGAAUUCAAAAGAGGUAAGAGAAGAGAUAGAUGAAGCAGAACUCGUGAUUUUAUGUACUAUAAGAUUGCAAUCAGAACCUGGAGGACCUCAUGUCUAUCUAGCACAUCUGCAUCGCCUAACCUGAAGACCUUUUCCACAAGUCAAAUUUUCUGUUGGGAUCCAGGAAGACUCAGGAACACACAGAUUAGACCAAGGAAAAAUGGUUCUGAUGAAUAGUUUACUUUAUUUUUACUGUACAUCCUUUGGCAUGAUGGGGCUUCUUUUUCCAUCUCUUUCAAUGUCAUGUGUGAUUGUAAAUCAUUAAUGAAAAUAUGUUUUCUGAGAGUCACGAUCCAUUUAUCUUGUUCGUGCACUUGAGAAACAAUUUACCAUUGGUAUUGCUAA